AUGAACUCGUCCCUACUGGCCAUCCAGUACUGGGCCGUCCGCGACUAUCUUUCACCAGUCCUCCGCGAAUCCAAGUUCAAGGAGCAUGGAAGGAUCACUCCUGGUGAGCUUCAUCACCAUUACCAAGCUGACAGAGCAGAGGAGUUCGUUGCGGCGGGCGACUUCCUGACGUUCAAGUUCCCCGUCUGGCAGUGGGAGAAGGGUGACCCGGGGCGUGCUCGUGACUUUCUUCCGGCCGACAAGCAGUACCUCAUCACUCGUAACGAAACGAACACGGAUACCGUCGCCGAGAUCCCGGACUCGCCGUCGCUGACGGCGGCGACGCAAGGCUUGCACAUUGGCGACGACGACGAGAUCCCCGACAUGGACGAUAUUCCAGACAUGGACGAGGCGGCGGGACUCGAGGAGGAGGACGACGCGGCGGUGCGGCCAAGCGAGAACAGCUCAGACAACCUGCUCCAGGUCCGGACAUACGACUGCUACAUCUCGUACGACAAGCACUACCAGACGCCCCGUUUCUGGCUGUUCGGAUAUGACGAGCACAAGAAGCCCUUGACAGUCAAGGAGAUCUUCCAGGACGUGCCAGCCGACCACGCCUUCAAGACGAUGACGAUGGAGGCGUUCCCGCACAGUGGCACGCAGCUGGCCUCGGUGCACCCCUGCAAGCACGCGAGCGUCAUGAAGAAGUUCAUCGACCGCAUGGAGGAGAGCACGGCCGAGGUGCCCCCGCCGGGUAAGGACGGCAGGGACGGCAAGGACAAGCGCCGCUGGCUCCCCGGCGUCAUGCGCAAGGUGACGGGAAGCGACAAGAAGGGCGCGAGCGGGGGCAGCACGCCGCAUGGCGACGAGGAGGCUGGUGUUCAGGUCGACUUUUAUCUGGUUAUUGCUGGAAGCCAUCAGGCCGCUCGACCUUGUGGCCGUCAGGCCGCCGUCAGGCCAUUAAACCUCAUGGCUGUUGGGCUGUAA